UCGUACAUUCUACUUUUAACUCGUUCGAUUCAAACUCAAAACAGUUUAAAACUGGUCACCACUUUUAACUCGUCGCUGAAACCUCUCUCAAACCUCAGUUCAAGCUUUCUUCACUGAUUGGUACAAGUCCUCGUGUUCGAUCUUGAAAAGGAAAAUUUCCACAACUUGGUAAACAUCAAGAUUGGAUCUUUUUGGAGUUUCAGGGUUCGGUUUACAUUCAGUCACAAGUUUUGGGUGUCGAGAUAUAUCCCUGAAUAGGCAUUGAGUGAUAGCCAUUAGUUGGUCUAUUGGGCAUUAUGGGAAUCUCGAGAUACCAUCUGUUUGGUUGGUGAGAAAAUGGAGGAGUGCGAAAGAAACUGUGAGUGUUAAAACCUUUCCAUUGUUUUCGGUGCUAGUAGAUGAAAAAGCCUCUCUGGUAAACCAACAAGUUGCAUCAGACUUGGUUAUGGGAAUUUUUUGUUUCCUAAUUGUUCUUAGUCGACAGCUGAGAUAUGCCAACUGUCUGCAUAUGGAGUUUGAGUUGAUUUUCAGGAUCAUACUUUGAGUUUCCGAUUUUCUCUUGCUUUUUGUUAAAAACUAAAUUGGAUAUUAGGGCAUUGUGAUUGAGUGUGGCAAGAUGGAUGGUUCAGAGUUGGGAGGUGGGUUUUUGUCUGGUCCUAGUGGGGGGAUACUAGACCUUGAAUCGCCGGUUCCUAGACGCCAAGAGAUGCAGUUGGGUCAUCAAUUGUUAGGACAUCAACAACAUCACAUGAAUGUGAUGGGGGGCGUUGCAGGCGAUCGCCAUCCCAUUGGGCUUGUGGAAGUGAAAGGGUCAAUCCCAAAAGUUGGUUCGAUUAUUGGCAAAGGGAAGGUUGUUGCUUCCUUUAAUGCCAAUAACGGUUACAACUUAAGUGAUGAAGAUGAACAAAAUUAUACAGAUGAUGAGAGCAUUGAGGGUGCCAAGGGCAAAAAGGGAUGUCCGUGGCAGCGAAUGAAGUGGACAGAUAAUGUGGUCAGGCUUCUUAUAGAUGUUGUUGCUUGCGUGGGUGAUGAUGGUUCGGUUGAAGGCGGUGAGGGGCUUAAGAGGAAAUCUGGGAUAUUACAGAAGAAGGGUAAGUGGAAGACUGUGUCAAAACUAAUGAUUAGUAAAGGUUGUCAUGUCUCUCCUCAGCAGUGUGAAGACAAGUUUAAUGACUUGAACAAAAGGUAUAAGAGGUUGAACGAUAUUCUCGGGAGAGGAACUAGUUGUAGAGUGGUAGAGAAUCCUGCUCUUAUGGAUGCAAUGCCCCACCUCUCUGCCAAGUUGAAGGAUGACGUUAGGAAGAUACUGAGCUCAAAACACUUGUUUUAUAAAGAAAUGUGUGCUUAUCAUAAUGGACAGAGGACACCUGACUGCCAAGAUCUCGAUCACCAUGGUUAUUCUCUACCUCUUGGGAGGUGCUCGAAAGACGAUAAUGGAUCCGCAGAAGAAGAAGCUGAAGAAAACCAUGAUAGUGAGGAUGAUGAAUUAGACAAUGAAGAUGAUAAUGAUGCCAAUAACGAUAGGGAGAGAAUGAGAAAAAUGGGUGAGAUGAAGAGGGCUAGGGAAGAAGAUGGCCAUUUGUGGCCGCAAUAUGUUCUUCUCGAUAGUUUUCAAGUUGAAAUGGGUGAGAUUUUUCAAGACCCAACGAAGUCUUUAUGGGAGCGAAGAGAUUGGAUCAAGAAACAGAAGCAGCAACUCCAAGAGCAAAGAGUCAGCUUCCAGGCUGAAGCUUUGGAGAUUGAGAAGCAGAGGUAUAAAUGGCUAAGAUAUUGUAGCAAGAAAGACAGGGAACUGGAGAGGUUGAGACUAGAGAAUGAGAGAAUGAAAUUAGAGAACGAGAGAAGGGUACUGCAACUGAGACAGAAGGAACUGGAAAUAGAUUUGAGGAGGUCAGAAGCUUCCUUAGAGCCUUCCUCACUUGGGCUAGGAAGAGACCAUAUUGAUUUGGGAAGGCACUAAUAGCUUCAGAGUGCAAGUGCUGUCUGUGUGUGCACUAACUGGAUCAUGAGAGACAUCCCGUGCUUAGUCAACACUCUACAAGAAGACCUUUGAAGCACUCUAACCUUGUGAGAUCUCCCUUGCCCUUUUGUUUAGUUUUAUGGAAAAAUACUAAAACCCCUAUCUAUCGAGUUUAGUUUUUGAAUAACGGAGAUUUUUGUGGAUGUAGGAUGCGGUCCUGUAAAGAUUUAAGUUAGUUUUGUAUUGUUCUACUUGUUUAAGGCAUGUAGUAGGUGUUAUAUAUUGAUAUGGUUUAGUCUUCAAACUGUCAUUGUUGCUAAUCAUGUUACCGUCUCAAUAAAAACUUGUUAAUUUGAGUUAUGGAAAUGAAGGUGAAUGAUACCAUCCUCACAUAAAGUAUAGCUCUUUCAGCAUC